CCCCUGGGGCCGCCGCCGCCGCUGCCGCCGCCGCCACCGCCACCGCCACCAGCCUAGGGCCGCCUGCGGAAGCCGAGCGGGCGCCGGGGCCCUGGUCUCCGCCGGGUCCCAGGGGCGGCCGCUGCCGGUCUCCUCGAGGCCCAGGGCCCCGAGCUCCGAGCCCUUUGCUCGCUCAGCUGCUGGGGGACUCGGCAGCCUCGCAGCCUGAACCGCUCCUGGUUGUGGGAGCCCUGCGGAGCAUGUCAGAGGAUAACGCCAUGGAGAAAGUCAUCAAGGAAACCUCCAUUUUAGAAGAAUACAAUAUCAAUUGGACUCAGAAGCUGGGAGCUGGAAUUAGUGGUCCAGUUAGAGUUUGUGUGAAGAAAUCUACUCAAGAACGGUUUGCACUGAAAAUUCUUCUUGAUCGUCCAAAAGCUAGAAAUGAGGUACGUCUGCACAUGAUGUGUGCCACACAUCCCAAUAUAGUUCAGAUUAUUGAAGUCUUUGCUAACAGUGUACAGUUUCCUCACGAGUCCAGCCCCAGGGCUCGACUCUUAAUUGUAAUGGAGAUGAUGGAAGGGGGAGAGCUAUUUCACAGAAUCAGCCAGCACCGGCACUUUACAGAGAAGCAAGCCAGCCAAGUAACAAAGCAGAUUGCUUUGGCUCUCCAGCACUGUCACUUGUUAAACAUUGCACACAGAGACCUCAAGCCUGAAAAUCUGCUUUUCAAGGAUAACUCUUUGGAUGCUCCAGUGAAGUUAUGUGACUUUGGAUUUGCUAAAGUUGACCAAGGUGAUUUGAUGACACCCCAAUUUACCCCAUAUUAUGUAGCACCUCAGGUACUGGAGGCUCAGAGAAGGCAUCAGAAGGAGAAGUCUGGUAUCAUACCUACCUCGCCAACACCCUAUACUUACAACAAGAGCUGUGACUUAUGGUCCCUUGGGGUGAUUAUCUAUGUGAUGCUGUGUGGAUACCCUCCUUUUUACUCCAAACACCACAGUCGGACUAUCCCAAAGGAUAUGCGGAGAAAGAUCAUGACAGGAAGUUUCGAGUUCCCAGAAGAAGAGUGGAGCCAGAUCUCAGAGAUGGCCAAAGAUGUUGUGAGGAAGCUCCUAAAGGUCAAACCAGAGGAAAGACUCACCAUUGAGGGAGUGUUGGACCAUCCCUGGCUCAACUCGACGGAGGCCCUGGAUAAUGUGCUACCCUCUGCGCAACUGAUGAUGGAUAAGGCAGUGGUUGCAGGAAUUCAACAGGCUCAUGCAGAACAGCUGGCUAACAUGAGAAUCCAGGACCUCAAAGUCAGCCUCAAACCUCUACACUCAGUGAACAACCCCAUUCUGAGAAAGAGGAAGUUACUUGGCACGAAGCCCAAGGAUGGUGUUUAUAUCCAUGAUGAGAAUGGAGCUGAGGAUUCAAAUGUUGCCUUGGAAAAGCUUCGAGAUGUCAUUGCCCAGUGUAUCCUUCCCCAGGCUGGUAAAGGAGAAAAUGAAGAUGAGAAGCUGAAUGAAGUAAUGCAGGAGGCCUGGAAGUAUAACCGUGAGUGCAAACUCCUGAGGGAUACUCUGCAAACUUUCAGCUGGAAUGUUUCAGGUCGUGGAUUCACAGAUAAAGUAGAUCGACUUAAACUGGCAGAAAUUGUGAAGCAAGUGAUAGAAGAGCAAAUCACUUCCCAGGAAUCCCAGUAAUAACAGCUUCAAAACUUUUUUUUUUAAUAAUUUGAAAAACUAUUCCUUAUUCCUUAAUGUAAAAAGUAAUUUUUAUGUAAAUUAAUAAAUCAUAAUUUCAUCCCA